AUGAGCAAUGUCGACCAUGUUUUUCCCCUGAUUGAUCCUGACACUAACUCUGUAGGUGAUCAACUGGUGAGUAUAGUUCCUCAUCCUAAAUUUGUCGUGAAGACCAGGUUAAUUAAGCCGUACAGAGAUUCACCUGCUAGGACCAAACUUUUUGUCAACGUUUGCUCCAAUGCUAAUGUUCCAUUGCCUGGAAGCCUAUCUGAUCCGAUAGAUUGGAAAUCUCUUUUUGUUUCCAUCGCUAAUGAUGAAUGGCAAAUACCUAUUCUACUUUCUCCUGACCUGAGAAAUGGUAAUGAUAAAUCCGGGAAUUCAUCUCUCAUAAUUGACUGCAUUCUAAAUGAAAAAGCUUUCAAAAUGAUACUUGCCAAUAUCUCGUUUAGAGACAUUGUCAUAGAAUGGUGCUUUGAUGCCAUUGAAUCGCGAUUCGAUGAUGAUUUGCUCAUCGAUAGACAAGUUAAAGCUUUGCCGAAACGAUCAUGUAUGGGAGAGUUAUCAACGUUUCAAAUAAAAUCCUCAGCAUUGAGAGAGCUCACAAAAGUGACUUACCUUCCUAAUGAACACGAUCAGCUCACAUUUUCAAAUGCGUUCAAAACUGAAUCUCGAGGUGAUAGUUCCAUUUUAACACCUUGGCCAACAAGGAUUGCAAAUUCUGGUGAUUUCAAAUCUACGGGAACAAAAAAAAUGACAGUAUUACCACAGGACUUGAAAGUAAAUGCUUACUCUCACAUUAAUGCUCUCAAAAAUGUUCCUCAGCUUAGGACUCUAGAUCCUGAAGAAACGGAAGAUUCUUUUAUCUCUCAUGUUAAGUGUCAAGUCCCGAAUAAUUUACAUGAUGAGUUAAGGUUAAUGUACCACAAAAAAUCUAAUUGCUUGAUUGUGACUACCUACUCCCCGAUCAACGAUAUUCCACCCAUAAAAAUUCCCUUGGCAGGACGGAUACCUAGCGUUAUCGAGGCAAUCUGUGUCAAAGAUGACUACAAGGCAGAUAUUUUGCAUAUCUUUCUUAAAUAG